AUGGCUUCACAUGUCAUAGUUUUACUGCUUGCAGAAGCAUUCGUUAUUCUAGCUUUAACAAAAUCAGAAAAUAUCGAUCUAUAUUCUGAAAUUUUGGAAAUUCAAAAAACGGUGAAAGCGCAAGAAAUUGAAAUGAAAGCGCAAGGAAUUGAAAUCUCUCAUUUAAAAGCCACGGUUAUAAAUCAGCAAAAAGAAAUUGAAAGACUAAAUGCUAUCAUAACAAAUCUGCAAACAGUAAACAGAGAAAUGAAUGUUGGAGCUAGCCAAACUGACCAGGACAGCAUGGUAUAUGACAACGGAAGGAAACCUGAAACACAUGUCAAAAGUUUGCCAACAGGGGACGAAGGACACCAUGAUCAGAUUGAAAAGGAAAAACCAAGAGUAAACCGACUUUUGACAGCAAAUAUUCCUGUACAACAUUCUGCCGUUGCAUUUUAUGCCCAACUUACUACACCUGAAACAAAUGUUGGAAAGCACCAUCCAAUAGGAUAUAACAAACAUUCGGGGACAUUUACAGCCCCUAAAAGUGGAAUAUACGUUUUCACUUUCACUCUAUUUUCUAGUCGAGGUGGCGCCAUGUUUGUGAAUAUUUUUAAGAACAGUGAAGUAAUUGCCCAGGUUUAUACAGAAAUGAGAACUGACACAUAUAGUGGUACAACCCCAGUAGCUGUUAUUGAUAUGAACGUUGGAGAUAUCGCUUUUGUUAGAACCAGUUCCACUGUUCAACCACAUGGGGAUGUUUAUAGUGACGUAAACGUGAAAAGCUCAUUUGCUGGAUGGAAAAUAGCAGACUCGUGA